AUGGGCCCGCCGGCCGGGGCGGAGGCGGAGGCCCCGGCGGGCAGCGCCCUGUCGGCGCCGCGGCUGGUGGCGGCGGCGCGGGAGGAGCUGGGGGCCGGGGCCGCGGCCGGGCGGCGGUGGCGGUUGCCGGCGGCCCGUGCCCUGCAGCUAGCCGGGGAGGUGCUGGCGGUGGCGGCGGGGCUGAAGCCGGCCCUGCUGUACGACUGCGGCGCGGCGGGUCCCGCCGAGCUGCGGCGGUACCUGGCCCGGCUGAGGGAGGCCGGGCUGGCCCCGCGCCGCCUCCACUUGCUGGGCGUGGAGGGCUCGGCCCUGCUGCUGCACCCGGGGCUCGCCCGGCGGAGGCUGACGGCUGUGCUGCGCGCCCGCCCCGCGCCCUUCAUGGACGUCUCCGCGGGGCGGCAGUGCCCGGCUCUCUGCGGGCCAGCGGAGGCCGAGGCCAUCAGGGGCCACCUCGCUGCCCUCCUUGCCCACCUGCGGGCCGCCGAGGCCACCGCCACCGGCCCCGUGUCCUCCAGCGAGGUUGUGCCCGCGGGCUGGAACCUCUGCACCGUCGUCGGGGUGCUGCUGGGCUACCCGGCGGCGUACGCCUUCUCCGUGGAGGAGGGUGCGGAGAACUGCCUGGCGCUGACGCCGCUGAGGGUGUUCACGGUCCAGGCCUCCUGCCCCAGGAUAAGGGACAGUCUCAGGGUCCAGAUCUACUCCUUCAGCAUCCCGGAGAGCCUCUGCGCGGAGCUGAAGGAGGUGCUGGAUGCCUGGUGCGAUGAGCUGAAGGAGGCCUUCAGCGCGCAGAGUGACUUUGUAGAUCUCUGCAUUUUGUGCGAGGUGGUGUCUCUUCCAGCGGUUGCCUUGUAAAACACAAACUCGGACUUUUUGGCCUAUUUCUGUCCUCCAUCAGGGACUGAGGCGAGAGAUCCGGUUCUGUAUGUGAGGCCCACUGAGGCUCUCGAGAGGCCCGUGAGCAACAAAGGCUGAAUUUUGACCAUCUCGGGCCCCGGACCUUGUAGGCCAGUUGCAAAUCAAACGUGUACUUCCCAGAAGACCGGUGUGUGGAUGUGCGCACUCACAGCUGCUCUGCAGCCUCCAUCCGGACUGCGGAGUGUGCCCUGUAAAGCCAGGGUGUAUUUAUUUGCUGCGAACAGCUGAGGAUUA